ACACGCGUAUAAUGAAAGUGGGCGAUAAGAAGAAAUGGAUACACGACCCAAACAACGAACUCUGUCGGCCCCUGAACUGCAAGAAGAAGGACCUCUGUCUCCUUAAGGACACCUUCACUGCUGUCUGCGUAUCGAAGAAGGAACUGGAGAAAUCGGGGGACAUCGUAAUCCCGAAAUCCCGGGUGGUUCAGCAGAACCGACGAAUGAGAACGGAAACUUCGGUCGACACGGAGGACGACGACGCCUUCUUUGACUCCGAGGACGACGACGAGGAUCAGGACGAGUCCAAAUGUCAAGAAUGUCCUGUGGUGAAGCCGACGUUCCUUUGCGGAAGCGAUAAUCGCACGUACAGCUCGCCAUGCCGACUGGAAUACCACAAUUGCAUCCACCACACGUCAGUUCGCAUCGCCUGCAAAGGCUUCUGCCCCUGCAAAGCGGCUGAUUUACGUGCACACAACAAGAAGAUGCAGCUGCAACGACAGAAGGCGCUUUCCGGCAAGAUGCAGAACCGUGACAUUACGCUGACUCCACAUGUCUUCAACUAUGACAAUCACCAUUACCAAUAUCUCAAGUAUAGCAAACGUGCCAAGGCACUGGCUGGCAGCAAAUACGACGACAAGCAUCUGAUGAGCAACGAGGUAAUGGAGAAGACUCCGUCACCUUUGAAAUCAACGUACAACUCCCAAUCAUCGCGAAACUCCGAAUGCCCGCCGUCAUCCAAGCCAGCAAUGGCAAAUCGUCUCUUGGACUGGUUUUCCGUAGUGAUGGCCGACUCUAAGCAUCGUCGUCCGCAUCCUAAACCAAAAG